CGUCCCCUGGGCGAGCCGCUCUGUGCCCCGCGCCACCUCCCACCGCAGCUGCGUCGCCGGGGCCAGGCGGGAUGGGACCCCUCCGGGAAAGCAGCAAGGAGCACAAAAUGCAGGACAAGGAGAUCUGCCGCAGCCGCAUUCCUCGCCUGGUCCUCCGACCUCAUCUCCCCCAGCAGCAGCUCCGCCACCAGAAAGUGUCCCCAGCGUCCGAGUCGCCCUUCUCGGAGGAGGAAAGCAGAGAAUUCCACCCCCUCAGCUCUUCUGGAGGGUCUGCAAGGACCAUCAGCAGCAACAGCUUCUGCUCAGAUGACACAGGUUGCCCCAGCAGCCAGUCCGUCUCUCCAGUUAAGACUCCUCCUGAUGCUGGAAACAGUCCAGUUGGUUUUUGUACAGGCAAUGAUGGAGGAGACUACACAAGGAAGAAAUUUAAUUCAGGAACAAUGGGGGACGGAACUCAACAGCCGGCUCGAUAUAAGAAGGAGACAAAGGCGAGCUUCAUAAAGCCAGGAAGCGAAGCUGAUUUUAGCUCCUCAAGCAGUACAGGCAGCAUCUCAGCUCCUGAAGUCCACAUGUCUGCUGCUGGAAGCAAGAGGUCAUCCUUUUCUCGCAACCGGGGUCCCCACGGACGGAAUAACGGAGCCUUGUCCUACAAGUCUGGAUCUAGUCCUCCUACCACGUCCCGCGAAAAGGACUUCCUGUCAAUGCUGUGCAAAAAUCAGUUGAGUCCCAUUAGCACCCACCCGAAUUAUGAGGCUUCUUCGGCCAGCAGCAGCAAUUCAGGCUCAUACAAGGGAAGUGAUAACAGCCCCAUUUUGAGGCGGCCGGCAAGAUACACAUCUUGUGGAGAGAACCACGGCAUCAAACCACCUAGCCCAGAGCAGUAUCUGACCCCUCUGCAGCAAAAGGAAGUUACAGUGAGGCACCUGAAAACAAAACUGAAGGAAUCUGAGAGCAGACUGCAAGAAAGAGAAACAGAAAUCAAGGAACUCAAAUCACAACUUGCCCGCAUGAGGGAAGACUGGAUUGAAGAAGAGUGUCAUCGGGUGGAAGCCCAGCUUGCCUUGAAGGAAGCAAGGAAGGAGAUCAAACAACUCAAGCAGGUUAUCGAAACCAUGAAGAACAGCUUGGCUGAGAAAGACAAAGGGAUUCAGAAGUAUUUUGUGGACAUCAACAUCCAGAACAAGAAGCUGGAGACCUUGCUCCAGAGCAUGGAAAUGGCACAGAACGGCUCUUGUCACGAGGAUCACAGCCUAGAUUAUGUCUGUGGGUCACCUGAUAAGUCUUUGACUCCGAGUGCGGCCUACUCUAAAAUGGCUGACAGCAUGCUCAUGGAAGACCGCUCUGUGGAGGAUAUGGCAGAUAGCGGUGUGUUGCUUAGUGACGACCUGACCAAUGGGAACGAUGUAUUUGAAGAGACAGCGAUGGACACCACACUCGAACUCUUUACACCUUCCCCCUUAAACCAUUUGGAUCUCGUUAAAAACCUCACAAACGCCAAAGAAGAAGAUGACAGCCGCAGCCAUAGUUUGGCAAUGGAGCAGGCAGUUCAGGCUGAUGUGUUGCUGUACAGCUCAAGCAUGGAGCAGCUGAUUCAAAACAUAUUCAAGGCGCACGAGGGACGCCCCAUCAGCCCUUCUUCAGCUUCGAAAGAAUCCGGCGGAUCUGGUCUCGAAAGCAUCACAGAUUUGCUCAUGGACUUGACUCCAUGCGAUCCGAAUUCCGCUAUCCUUUUAUCCCCGCUGGAGUCGGCACACGAUGCUGUGGAUUCUAGGUAUUAUGAAAACAGAGUCAUGAAGGAACUGGACUUCACAGACUGUCACACCGAAGGGUUUGGGAAUGUCACGAAGUUGUCCGAGAGGAGCGUUGUCAAAAGAUACUGGAGCAGCAGCUUCUUUGUUGAUGCUUUGGCCGUAGCUGCUCCCAUCCUGCCAACGGUAAUGUGGAUGUUCAGUACUCAGCGAGGAGGGACUAACCCUGUCUACAAUUUCGGAGCAUUGCUUCGAGGAUGCUGCUUGGUCGCCCUGAAUUCUCUCCGCCACGUACCCAUCGGCGUCCGACCCUAAGAGGGAAUUCUCCUGUACAGUUGUGCCAAGGGGCUGAGUUCUGGUGGGGUGUGGUCCUGGUUGCGUGAAUAUAAUGUUGGGUUCUGUCCGUCCUGCUCCUAAAUGUUUGAUUUGCACUAUAUUUAGUUCAAAACAUGUUCAUUGUUUGAAACUGAAGAAGAAGAAGAAGAAGAAGGUGGCAUGGAGACUUUCU